GAUUAAUUUUUUCACCCUCUCAGCUGUCUGCGUCUGCAGAGUGCAGUUUUCUUUCAUCAAUUUGGUGGUUAUCUCAGUUGGAAUUCUCUAUCUAACAGUAAUUAUUAAUCAAUUAGUCGAAAAUUGAACGGCACUCAAACGAGAGUGUCUUUCGGUGCAACGCAGUUCCAGGUGCGUUAUGAAAGAUUGUUUAAUUGAGAAUUAACUGAUCUUAUAGAGGAAAAGAGUGGUCACAAUGCCAGAACAACGGAACGAUACAGGUGGUGGUGGUGGCGGAGGUGGUGAACCAGGUCACGCAGCAACCGAGCAGUCAGGUGAAGGACAGCCCUUGUUGGCCACGAACAAUCAAGCCGCUAAUGCCGGUCAACCACAGCAGCAGCAACAGCAACCAUCCAAAAUGGAAUCAUUUUUUGCCAUCACGAAAUCGCUGAUUCUGCGUGCUUUAAUAAUCUACUUUAUUUCGUCAUUCUUCCGACGGCCGGCUUCGGAUGCCGAGGUUAACAAAAACAACGCUCCCGGCAAGAGCAAGAUUAUCGCUUGGAAUCUCUUCGACAAUGGAACCAUGUUCGAUUUGCAUGUGUACAUCUCGGAAGAUCCGACGCAGGUCGAUUUCGCCGAUCCGAAUGCCCUCGUCUGGUUGCAGGAAGAUCUCAUGUACGGUGAUUGGUAUGGUGGCCGGAAUGGGGAUGGAAUUUUCACGGUCAACACUCAGAUCAAAGCUUCGGAGCGGCUGAUGAACAAUGGGUCGAUUUAUCUGCAUACCUACGUGACGAAGGCCGGCCAGAGUCCGAAUCCGGCAGCCGGUAGCGAUUAUGCCGGGAAGAAUAUGGGCUAUGCCAGCGCAAUGUUGAGCAAGUACAAAAAAAUUAAGAAAGUUAAAACGCACAAUUUGUUGGCUGGGGAGAAGGAGAAGUUCGAGAAAGAACUGGACAAUGCACUGGUGGAAGAUCGAAUAGUCGCUCAUUGGCAUCCGAAUUUGACGAUCAAUUUGGUGACGGAUCAGACGAAUUGGGCUAAAGGAUCGGUUCCUCCGCCGUUGGAUGAGUACAUCAAGUUCCUACCAGGGGGUCAGACUUAUUUACCGGUUGUUUUCUACAACGACUAUUGGAAUAUGUUGCGGGAAUAUAUGCCUAUUAACAGCUCGACACCAGUUCUGGAAUUGAACUUGAGCUACCAACCGUUGUCACUAUUUAAGUGGCAAUUGUAUGCGGCACAGACAAUGCGCAACAAGUGGACUAACAAUAUUUUCGGAGAAGCCCUAGCCGGAGGUUCCGAGUCCGAUGAAGAUCAAGAUUCUUUGAAGGAAACUUUACUUGAAACUAAUCCCUACUUGCUGGGAAUUACGAUUGCCGUUUCUAUUUUGCACAGUAUUUUUGAGUUACUCGCCUUUAAAAAUGAUAUUCAAUUUUGGAACAACCGGAAAUCGUUGGAAGGACUCUCGGUGCGUUCGGUUUUCUUUAACGUUUUUCAAUCGUUAAUCGUACUGCUAUACGUACUGGAUAACGAGACGAAUUUCAUGAUCAAAAUUAGUUGCUUCGUUGGGCUUGGUAUCGAGGUGUGGAAAAUUCAGAAGGUUGUCAACAUAAAUGUGACCCGGGAGCAUCUCGUUUUAGGUUUUCUCCCACGGAUAAGUUUCUCCGACAAGGGCUCGUAUGUCGAGUCCAGCACCAAGCAGUACGAUAAUCUCGCCUUCAAAUAUCUCAGCUGGCUGUGCUUCCCGCUGCUGCUGGCCUACGGCGUUUAUUCCGUCAUCUAUCAGGAGCACAAAGGCUGGUAUUCAUUCGUGCUGAACAUGCUGUACGGUUAUCUGCUCACAUUUGGCUUCAUCAUGAUGACGCCACAGCUAUUUAUCAACUACAAAAUGAAAUCGGUGGCCCACUUACCGUGGCGCAUGAUGACCUACAAGUUCCUGAAUACCUUCAUUGAUGACAUCUUUGCAUUUGUGAUCAAAAUGCCUACCAUGUAUCGGAUUGGGUGCUUCCGCGAUGAUAUCGUCUUCUUCAUCUUCCUCUAUCAACGCUGGAUCUACAAGGUGGACACAAAGCGCAUCAAUGAGUUUGGUUUUUCGGCGGAGAUGUUGGAGAAGCGUGACGCCGAAACGAAGCAGUCGAAUGCGCUGACCGACGGAACUGCCAACGGGGUUGCCGUCCCGCCCGCCGUCGGCGGAGGGACAUCUUCGGACGAAUCCAGAAGUCAGCCGUCAUCGCCAAACGCUGCUGGUGCUCGAAAGCGUAAGAACAAAAAGAACGCCUCGCCCAAAAGUACCCCGAAUGAGGCCCAACCGGCCGUCGGUGGGAAAAAGUCGGACUAAAGCGCCCGCUAACCUAUAGAAAAUAAGCUAAAUAGCUAAAUGUAAAUCAUCCGCAAGUCGGGGUACCGUACGUACAUACUAUUUAAAAAAAUUCUGUUGUUUUAUUGUCUAAACACUAGCGAGAGCGAGAGAGAAAAAGAACGGUAAUCGGCAAGAAAACCGCAGGUUCUGUUUGAUAGCUACUAGUAGAGUUUAAGUAGUGACACUUUUUCGAGACGAUAGGCUUCCUAGCAAGGAUUACCACUGCUGUAUUGUAGUACAUAAACGCAAACCGACCGAUAUUUGAUCAAAAAAUUAGCUGACCAUAUUGAAUCGUCACUGCAUUGACGAACAAAUGAGUGUUAUAUCUGUACCGGGAGAGUUAGAAGGAAAGAGUUAUGCGAUAUAAAUAAAUAAUGAAUAAACUAUAAAA